AUGUUAUUUAAUCAUCCCAGUAACAGACAUAACAUGAUAGCUGGUAAGGAGAACCGGCACAGUGUGUUCACCGAAAAUAACUCCGAAACACCAAAGUACCCUCGCCCCUCUGCUCUUGCACAAGCGGAACCAGAAUCUCAAUCCUGUAAUCUCUUGGUGUGGGGGGGCGGGGCCGGCUUGGAACACGAAGGCAGCGAGCGCAUUCUGGUUCCCGGCGGUGGCACCAAGAUGGCCCACGGUCUCUUCCUUCUGGUGGCCCUGCUUGUCCUGGGGAUGCAGGUGCCAGCUGCCUGUUGGAGGAGGAAAGGAGAGAAGCUGGGGGGCUGCCCGGCCGAUGACACCCCCUGCCUCUGGCAGCGUCCUGACCAGUGCUCGGAGGAUAGCCAGUGCCCAAGACUGAAGAAGUGCUGCUCCAGGGCUUGUUACCGCCAGUGCCUGCCGCCUGUCAGAGUGAAGCUGGGGGACUGCCCCAAGGAUGAUCUGCUCUGCCUCAGCCCCAUCCAGCACCUGUGUGGGAAGGACACGGAUUGUUCCGGAAUCCAGAAGUGCUGUCUAGCUGCCUGCGGACGGGAUUGCAGGGAACCAGCCAAAGGGUAA